AUGCCGACUGGACACGGAGAUUGGCGCAACACAAAGUGGCACGGCAUGAGACAAUACUGGAAAGUCCUCCUUGCGACGAUUGUAUUGCUGAGCACAUGUCUCUUCCUCUUCCCUCCCGUAAACCAGGAACCACUAAAAGCCCUUCAGACAAGCAUAUCCAAGUCGAAGCCUGAACAGACCAAGUCGGAAUUCUACCAAUGGCGAACGCUCACCUCUUUCACGCGCAUCAAUUCGAGCGAUUCGACUUACCAUAUGACCACUGAGCAACUUUGUCGGCACUUCCCUAAAGACAAACUAAACGACAUCCAACCCAUCCUGAAAACUGGACACGGCGUUAUCGAACGUGCGCGACAGAGCCUACUCAGCACAUCAGCAUGCCUUGACAAUCUGCUCAUCUUCUCCGAUCUAGAGGAAGAACUGGAGGGACACCACGUUAUAGAUGUGAUAGCAGACCUGCCACGUGAGCUUCUACAGUCCGACAAUCAGACCAUCCCAUACUUUGAGCUACAGAAACAGGCAAUGGACGGCACUCUCGAUGGACCAGGAAUGUCAAAAGGCGAGGGAUGGAGGACGGACAAGUUCAAGUUCUUGCCUGCGAUCAGUCGAGCAUGGCUCAUGGCUCCGAACAAGAGCUGGUACGUCUUUUACGAGGGUGACACCUAUGUUGUGUGGGAUAGUGUGUUCCGACUGCUUGAGCACUUCGAUCCAGAUGUGCCGCACUAUUUUGGCUCGCCUUCGCCAGGUGCAGAUCACGGGGGUGGCAUAAUUACAUGGUUCGCAAAUGGAGGGCCAGGCUGUAUCAUAUCUCGUGGUGCUAUGCGGAAACUGGUCAAAGAUGAUUGGGAUCGAUCCAGUGGCGAGUGGAAGGGUAGCAAGCUUGCGGAGAAGAACUGGAACGAGACGCUCACCAACUGCUGCGGUGACAGCUCACUUGGGUCGGUAUUGUGGAACGAAAACGUGGAUUUGGAAGGGCUUUGGCCAUCCUUUGACCCGCAUCCGCUCCACGGCGUUCCCUUCUCAGACUUGUACUGGUGUCAACCCGUCUUGACCAUGCACAAGACUGAGCAUCAAGAUGCUCUUAAACUUUGGCAAUUUGAGUGGGAUCAUCGCAAAUCGGAUCGGCCUCUGUUGUAUCGAGAUCUCGCAGUCGAUUUCCUCAACAUGGCUAACAUGACAAGAAAACUGGAUUGGGAUAAUGGCGAGUGGGAUUCAUAUCGACCUGCAGCGGAUGAUCCAAGCCAGCCGAAUGAGUCUGUGGACAAUUGCGAACGAGCUUGUGCUAGAGCUGAAGGGUGCUUUCAGUGGACUUAUCACCUCCAACGUUGCUAUUUCGUUAGAUCCUUUAGGUUGGGAAGAGCUAAGGCGCCGAUGGUCGAGGAUGAUCGGAAGGAUCGCGAGUGGUCUUACGAAGAUCAGAGGUUCAUUGCUGGCUGGGACGCGGACAAGAUCAAACGAUGGAUAAGUGAGAGACCUUGUGAUGAGGUUCAAUGGGUGAGGCCAAGUAUUGAGAGGAUCUUCUAG